GGCUGCUGUCACAGAGCCUGGAGUUCAGCUCCCCCGCCGACAACUACACCGUGUGCGAAGGCGACAACGCCACCCUCAGCUGCUUUAUCGACGAGCACGUGACCCGCGUGGCCUGGCUGAACCGCUCCAACAUCCUGUACGCCGGCAACGACCGCUGGACCAGCGACCCCCGCGUGCGGCUGCUCAUCAACACGCCCGAGGAGUUCUCCAUCCUCAUCACCCAGGUGGGGCUGGGCGACGAGGGCCUCUACACCUGCUCCUUCCAGACCCGCCACCAGCCGUACACCACUCAGGUCUACCUCAUCGUCCACGUCCCCGCCCGCAUCGUGAACAUCUCCUCCCCUGUGACAGUGAAUGAGGGGGGCAACGUGAACUUGCUUUGUCUGGCCGUGGGGCGGCCGGAGCCAACGGUCACCUGGAGGCAGCUCCGAGACGGCUUCACCUCUGAGGGCGAGAUCCUGGAGAUUUCCGACAUCCAGCGCGGCCAGGCGGGGGAGUACGAGUGCGUGACUCACAACGGGGUGAACUCGGCGCCCGACAGCCGCCGCGUGCUGGUCACAGUCAACUAUCCGCCGACCAUCACGGACGUGACCAGCGCGCGCACCGCCCUGGGCCGGGCCGCGCUCCUGCGCUGCGAAGCCAUGGCCGUGCCGCCCGCCGACUUCCAGUGGUACAAGGACGACAGACUGCUGAGCAGCGGCGCGGCAGAGGGCCUGAAGGUGCAGACCGAGCGCACCCGCUCCAUGCUCCUCUUCGCCAACGUGAGCGCCCGGCACUACGGCAACUACACCUGUCGUGCCGCCAACCGGCUCGGAGCGUCCAGCGCCUCCAUGCGGCUCCUGCGCCCCGGAUCCCUGGAGAACUCAGCCCCGAGGCCCCCGGGGCCCCUGGCCCUGCUCUCUGCCCUGGGCUGGCUGUGGUGGAGGAUGUAGGCGCGGCCAGUGCAGGGCGCCUCCCCCCAGGGGGCCUCGGGCCAGAGCAAGAGGAAGAGGGGGAGCGAGCGCUGUGGGUCUCGAGGGGGCGGAAGAGCUCUCAGUCACUCGAGGAGGAGGAGGAGGAGGAGGAGGAGGAGGAAAGACCUUCGGAGAACCCGUCACUGUGAGGGAUAACGCAAAAUUAUGCAUCUUUCUACAGCCAUUCUCGCCACCGCCACCCGUUCACCUUUCGACGUGACCCAGCCCCGGCCGCCCCACACCCCUCUCCUGGCUCGUGUGUGCGUGGGUGUGUGAGCGUGCGCCCGCACGUGUGUGUACGUUUGUGUGGGAGUGCGCUGGGAGGGGAGCGUGCCCCCGCCUCCCCCCACGCCCCUGCCCGGCCCUGCAGGCGUCCCCUAGGCGUGGGUGCUUCAGGCUCCCGGAGCCCGGCACCGACCCAUCGGCCCCGUCCAGCUGCACCGCGGGGCAGGUUGGGAGCGGGGUGGGCUGUCACCUCCCGUCACCCAGCCUUUGUGACUCAGUGAGGACCUCCAUCGCGGCUCCCGUGGUUCCGUCCCUCCCUGCUGUACACCAGCUGCCUGCGGCCGGAGGCCUCAUCCCUGGCGCAGUGGCCUGAGACCUCCCCUCUUCCUUGCGUCCCAACCCUGGACUUUCUGGCCCCCUCCCGGGCCAAUCGGUGCUUCCACCCAACUGUCAGGCUGGUGGCAGUAGCCGCCUUUCUGUCCCAGUGCUUCGCCCCCCUGCCACACCCUACCCUCGGCCACCUGCAGCGCCAGCCAGCUGCCCCAGGGUCCCUGCAGCUGGCCCACAGCCCUGGGCGGCGCGCCUCUCCACACAGUGUCCCCCCGCAGGCCGACCUGACCGCCCUCACACGCGCGCGCGCACAGGCACACACUCGUGAGUGACAGCAGUAGCCCUGGCUCCAGCUGCCCUGUAGCUGGUGUCCAGCCGUGGCGCCCCCAAGGAGGGCACUGUCUUCGGGAAGGGACGUUGUGAGACUGGCCUCAGCUCCGAGGGCCCGGUACGCAGCCCUGGCACGCCACACCACACCGAGCAGCGGGGAGGGUGUCACACAGACGCCCGGAGCCCAGGCAGAGUCGCCAUGUCACCAGCCCCGACUCCCCGGAGACCCCGUAUAACCACCCACCCGGAACUACCCCACCCGCGGCGUGGUGGCUUCGAGGGCAGAGGGGGCGCGGGGCAGUGACUGUACCUCAGACGGGGGCGUGGGCCCCAUCACACAUUGUCUUCCAUUCCCAGGGUCCAGGGGACCGGGCAGGGCGGGGGAGGGGCGCGGGGAGGGGGGCGGGGGCCCUGGGGGCCGUGUGUUCCAAUUCAUGGGGAGUGUUGAGACCACCACACCAAUAAACGCCUUUUUCCAAAGUCUCUGCUUACAGAUUCAGUGUGGUUAAGAGUCGGGUGACUGGAGAUCCGAGGGUAGGUCAUGUGGUGGCACCCACCCCAGCUUCCUUCCUGCCCCCUCUCUCUUGGGUAGAUUUGGAAUCGGCCCAUUACAAAUCCGGCCCCUGAUUGGCUUAAGCCACUCAGCAGAGCCUCUUUCCUCCGUGAUUGGCUCAGACGUGGACCUACACUUGGUCAGGCCAAUGAGAGGGCGCAGACUGCAAGAAGGGACACCCUUCUGUGGGUGGUGGGGCUCCGAGGAGGCGGCCUUCGUCUGCCCGGCCGAGAAGUCUCCAGUCUGGCGGACUGCGAUGGCCGGGAAGACGGUGUAUGAGGCUGAGAUUAAGCGGCAACUCAGAAAGCAGAACAGAAGGGCUGAGAAUCUGAGUCUCUGGGACGCCAUUUGUGCAGCUGGAUCAAAGUGUACCUGAUGCCGUUCUCCACUUACACAAGCAAUAAAGUGUCAUGUGUGUGCA